UGGGCCCUGAUGCCAAGGCCUCAACUAAUUCUUCUUCUUUUCAAAUGGGUUCUGGGAAUAAUGGGAAUGAUGGGGAUGUUCGGGUUGUGUUCACCACAAGACACCAAGAAUGAGGACAGAAAACAAAACGAUCUAAAGGGCUUCCUCCAUUUCGGCAGGCAGCAGUUCAUAAGCAAGUUUGGCAAAGUGGGGAGGUGUACACACUGGAACAGUUCGAGACUAAGUCAAAGGAUUUUGCUCAGAAUCAUUUGGAUAUGAUAAAGGAUGUAACCCCACUUGUUAUAGAGGCAUUGUUUUGGAUAGCAUCUUCUGAGAAACCUAUUUAUGUGGAGUAUGUGAAUGAUGUACCGGCUCAGGUUUCGGAGAACCGGAGGAAACAUUACGAUAUUUCCAUAAGCAGAGGAGAAAGAGGAAUUUUGGUAAUAAACAUCGAGGAAGCAUUAAUAUUGAGAGUCAGGAAAGGGAUAUUAUUAGUAGCUCCCACAAGAAUGCAGGGAAAGAUUCUUCUAUGAUGACUGCUUCUGAUCCAUCUUCGGGGUGUUUGAAUCCCUGUUCAAGCUCAUCAACUCCUUAACCAGAUGAGGGUUUAAAGCUACUGAGGCAAAUGAUUCCAAAUACUUGCACUGACAGGGAAGGUACAGCUGGCUGGAAGCUUUCAAACAGUCUUUGGAAUCUACAAGGUGUUGCACAGUCGCGUGGCUCACUUGCGGUUUAUGCCGGACGAAGUCCCUGGUGUUACUUCUCCCAUGGUUUACACUGGAAUGCUGUUCAGCUGGUUUGCUUGGCAUGUGGAAGAUCAUGAGCUUCACAGCUUGAAUUUUCUCCAUACUGGUUCACCAAAAACUUGGUAUGCGGUUCCUGGAGAUUAUGCCUUUGCUUUUGAGGAAGUUGUUCGUGGCCAGGGUUAUGGAGGAAAUCUUGACUGCCUAGCUGCACUGACAAUACUAGGUGAGAAGACAACUCCAUUAUCUCCUGAGGCAGUUGUUGCAUCAGGGAUUCCUUGUUGCAGGUUAGUGCAGAAUCCUGGCGAAUUUGUUGACCUUUCCAAAAGCCUACCAUGUAGGAUUCGGCCAUGGUAAUUUCUAUAUGGAUUUCUUGUUCUUGAUUAAUAUAGGAGCAUUAUUUACC